UCGAGAUUUGAUCUAUGGUUUGCAAACGCUGUGAACAGAAGCUUGGAAAGCUGAUUGUUCCCGAUAAAUGGAAGGAAGGAUCUCGAAGUGAAAACCGAAGUCAAGAGAAUGAGGAAGACGGAAGAGCGGGCGUGAUUCGUAGUAUUGAGCAUUCUCGUCGAACAAUGAAAUCGGACCCCAUGGGCAAAUCUUGCCGCAUUUGCAAAGUCGCUAUCGAGCCCUGGGCGAAUUACUGCACUACUUGUGCUUAUAAAAAGGGAAUUUGCGCUCGCUGCGGUCGUAAAAUCCAGGACACAAAGUUCCUCAAACUUUCCAACAAGUAGUUUCGUUCUGUAGUAUAU